AUGGGGUUCGUUAAUGACAGUACGGGUAUAGGCCUGGCCAUUUUGCUUGGGUUUAUUACAUUUGGUAUUGGAAAUGUAUUUGGAACAACAGUUUCAACAGAAGACGGCGCUGUGGAAGGUAUUGUUGUACCGUUACAGAAAGGAAAUGUAUAUCAGUUUAAGAAGAUUCCCUACGCAAUGCCACCAGUAGGCCCCCUUAGAUUCAGCAAGCCGGUGAAACAUCCACCAUGGAAUAACACACUUGACGCUACAGACUUUGGACCUGCUUGUAUUCCGAGCGGCAGUUCGACACAUCCUGUAUCAGAAGACUGUCUUUUCUUGAAUGUUUAUAUCCCACAUGAGGUUUCGACAACAACCAAUAAGUCGGUAAUGGUUUGGAUUCAUGGUGGUGGGUACAUAUAUGGUACAGGUAUGGACUACGACGGAGCAUCGUUAGCUAUUCAUGGUGACGUCAUCGUGGUGACGAUAAACUAUCGACUUGGUGUAUUCGGUUUCCUGAGUACGGGUGAUUCAGCCGCGAGAGGAAACUACGGACUAUGGGACCAGAUUGAAGCCUUAAAAUGGAUUAAAUCAAAUAUAAAAUACUUCGGCGGAAAUCCAGACUCUAUCACAUUGUUCGGUGAAUCGGCUGGUGCUUUCAGUGUUUCACAUUUAGCCAUAUUUCCGGAAAACAAAGGACUGUUUCAUCGGGUAAUAAUGCAAAGUGGUUCAUUAGGUUCUUACGGCACCAUUACAAAAGACCCUGUGAAGAUCGCAAGAAGUUUGGGAAGUUAUUUACAAUGUAGCGACAUUCAAAACUCUGAAUCUCUUGUUGCCUGCUUGCGUAGAAUAACUGCAUCCGACCUGAAUCAAGCAUCCGAUAUUUCACACAUGUAUUCGAUAUUUAGGAACACUCUAGGAUUAUCUCUGGGAUAUUCACCAGUGAUUGACGGCGAAAUGAUAUUAGGGGAUCCGAUGUCUAUCUUUAAAAAUCAAUCUUCCGAACAUUUCAAAUUCUAUCAAUCACUUGACGUCAUUUCCGGUUGUACUUCCGCCGAAGGAUCUCUUAUGUUGAUAUACAUUUCAUUAUUUCCAGGUCUUUCUUUACCGACCAUUGACAUAUCGGAAGGAAUCCCAACUUCGGUUCUCAAAAUGUUCGCCAAGCCUUUUAUCGAGUUGUAUCACAACAACGAUACAAGAAUUUUAGAACCGAUCUAUGCUAAAUACACGUCAGAAGACAACGAAGAACAAGGCCGUCUUCUUGUCAACCUUCUGAGUGAUUCUCAGUUUUAUGCACCAAUGUUGGAAUCUUUGCUUGUUCAUGAUCUAAAUGGAAACUCCAAAUCAAAGACAUUUCAAUAUUUCUUCUCAAAAACAUCACCGAUUGAUGGCUUGAUUGGUGUCCCACCAAAAUGGUUUGAAGGAGCCGGGCACGCUGCUGAAAUACCAUAUAUAUUCUAUAACGAAUAUCUCGAUGGUUCUCAUAAAAAUCUCUCUACAGAAAUGAUGUCAUACUGGACAAACUUCGCCAGAUAUGGGUAA